CUCGCGGUUGCCAUGGCCCCGUUUGACGUCACGGGCAGUGUGGUGCCCGUGCGUUGCGGCGCUGUGAUUGGCGGAGACCCCGUGUGCGGCGCUGGGAGAGAGGCUGCAGCGGAGAGAGCAGCAGGGCUAGAAAGAAAAAUCAGCAUGGAUAAAAAUGAGCUGGUGCAAAAGGCCAAACUGGCUGAGCAGGCUGAGAGAUAUGAUGACAUGGCAGGCUGCAUGAAGUCUGUGACUGAGCAAGGAGCUGAGUUGUCCAAUGAGGAGAGGAAUCUUCUCUCUGUUGCUUACAAAAAUGUCGUAGGAGCCCGUAGGUCAUCUUGGAGAGUCGUCUCGAGUAUUGAACAAAAGACGGAAGGUGCUGAGAAAAAACAGCAGAUGGCCCGAGAAUACAGAGAGAAAAUUGAGACAGAGCUAAGAGACAUCUGCAAUGAUGUGCUGUCUCUGUUGGAAAAGUUCUUGAUUCCUAACGCUUCUCAAGCAGAAAGUAAAGUUUUCUAUUUGAAAAUGAAAGGAGACUACUACCGUUACUUGGCUGAGGUUGCUGCUGGGGAUGACAAGAAAGGGAUAGUGGAGCAGUCACAACAGGCGUAUCAAGAAGCUUUUGAAAUCAGUAAAAAGGAGAUGCAACCAACACAUCCAAUCAGAUUAGGUCUGGCUCUGAACUUCUCUGUGUUUUACUAUGAGAUUCUGAAUUCCCCGGAGAAAGCCUGUUCCCUUGCAAAGACUGCUUUUGAUGAAGCCAUCGCUGAACUUGAUACGUUAAGCGAAGAGUCAUACAAAGACAGCACGCUAAUAAUGCAAUUACUGAGAGACAACUUGACAGUCAAUUGACACAACUUUCAGUUUUCUGUGCUCCACAAUUGGCAAAUCCACUACAUCAUUGAAUAACUACACUUUCUGGCUUAUUUGUGGACAUCGGAUACCCAAGGAGAUGAAGCUGAAGCAGGAGAAGGAGGGGAGAAUUAACCAGCCUUCCAACUUUCGUCUGCCUCAUUCUAAAAUUUACACAGUAGACCAUUUGUCAUUCAUGCUGUCCCACAAAUAGUUUUUGUUUACGAUUUAUGACAGGUUUAUGUUACUUCUAUUUGGAUUUCUAUAUUUCCCAUGUGGUUUUAUGUUUAAUAUUAGGGGAAUAGAGCCAGUUAACAUUUGGGGAAUUUAUCUGUUUUCAUCUGAGGUGGCCAAUAUAGGGUUGUGAAAUUUUUAUACAAGUUUUACAUGUUUGGCAUAGUACUUUUGGUACACUGUGGCUUCCCACAAGGUGGCCAGGGUUAAACAACUUCCUAUGUUGAGCAAAGAAAACUGCUUGCGUAUUGGUCUGUCAUGAUGGGGGAAAAAAGGGAUAAUCAGUUGCAGCCACAGGUGUAGUUAGUGUGAGUACUUCAAAGCUGAAGCAUACCAUGGCUGUGGGGAAACAGAUGUCCCAUGGAUAUUGCAUGUCAAGCAUGUGAAAUCCUAUGGAAUAUAUAAUCAAGUGUACAUCUUUGAUUGCAGCUGAAAAGCGUUCCUUAAGAUAGUUUUGAUCACCCAGUCAACUUUCUCUAGAGAAGGGCAGAAACGGUUCACAUUCCAUUAUUUGUAAAGUUACCUGCUGUUGCUUUCAUUAUUUUUGCUACACAUUUUAUUUGUAUUUAAAUGGUUUAGGCAACCUAAGAACAAAUGUACAAGUAAAGAUGCAGUAAAAAUGAAAUGCUUGAUAUCCAUAACUACACUGUAUAUUGAGCACAGCAGUAAAACAAAAACCCAUGUAUUUAACUUUUUUAGGUUUUUUGCUUUUGUGAUUUUUUUUGAUACUUGCCUAACAUGCAUGUGCUGUAAAAAUAGUUAACAGGGAAAUAACUUGAGAUGAUGGCUAGCUUUGUUUAAUGUCUUAUGAAAUUUUCAUGAACAAUCCAAGCAUAACUGUUAAGAACAUGUGUAUUAAGUUGAUGUAAGUGGAAUAAAAGUUUUAUGAAUGGACUUUUCAA